CACUAACUCAGCAUAUAAAAACAACGGUCACGAAAAGUUUUGAGUCAGCGUGCGCGAAGCCUUAUAAUAGAACAAAAUAAAUAUAAUUAAAUUAUUGAAUUAAACAAUCAAAAUCAACGAAAUGGAUUUAAUGCAUUUUGUAUGCCUACUCAUGGCCUGUUGCUUUUUAAUGUGGGAACUCCAACUAAGUGCUGGAGCGGCUGCGGCAGCGGCAGCUAAGCAAUUACCACUGCCCGCCAGCAUUGCUGCAGUUGCAGUAACUACAACAACAACGGGAGGGGGAGGAGCAGCAGCAAAUCAAAGCCACAGCCACGGCAUUGGAAUCAGCGGUGGCUCACGUCAUGAACGACGACGUCGGCAAUCGGAUUGGUUUAUAGCCCCAAAUACACGUUGGUGUGGGCGUGGCAAUUUGGCAAACGGCACCUAUAAUCAUUUGGGAGGCGCCUCAAUGGCCGAUAAAUGUUGCCGCAAGCACGAUCAUUGCAAAAUGUGGAUACCAGGAAUGUCGAAUCGUUACGAUCUCUUCAACUAUCGUCCCUACACCCUAUCCCAUUGCAGUUGUGAUCGCCGUUUCCGCACCUGUCUAAAAAUGGCCAGCGAUGAGGAUGCCAUUGCCAUUGGCAAACUAUUUUUCAAUAUUGUGCAAACGCAGUGUUUCGUAUUGAAAACCGAAACGGUAUGCCUAGAGCGUGGCAAGGGAGCCGAUUCGGACAAUUGUAUUAAAGAGGAAGUGCGUCACAAGGCCUUCUUGAGGAACAAUAAAAAGUUCUAAGUCAAAUCUUUUCACUCACGAAUCGAAUGCAUCCAUAGUAUAUAAUCGAUGCACGACGGAUUCUCAAUUCCAAAAAGCCAAACGAACACAACAAAUUGAAAUGAAGAACUCUCUGUUAUAAUUAAGUUUGAAACUUAAUUUUGUUAUACUCGUACUUAGCCCCCCCUCCCCCAAACAAAACAUAGAUGUAUUAAGCCUAUUAGGAAGGAGAAGGAAUUUAAAACUUCUUUUCCAACCAAAAACUGAUAAGAACUAAAUUGACAUUCAGCGCUGAUUUGAGCUUUAAAACAAAUUCCCCCCACAAACAAAAACAACAAAAAAUCAACGUUUUCAAGGACUGAAAAUUUCAGAUGAUAAUGGAUGAGAUGCCAGUUUGACAGGCUCAAAAGAGAAACACAUUAAUUUAAUGUCCAAUUUCAUCAAAAAAAAAAAAAAAACAAAACAAAAAUUAUUAUCAGAUUUGUCUAACAAUCUACGUACAUACCUACAUAUAUACUUAUAUAUAAUACAUUUGUGUAAUAUAUUAUAUUUAAAGUGCUAUUAAUAAUGCUUAGUAGUUGAUACUUAUACAUACAUACACUUACAUAUAAAUAUAUAUGUAAAUUAUAUAUAUAUAUUUAUAUAUAUAGAAAAAAAAAACAUUUCCUAGGCUGCCAGUAAAACAAAGUUUUCAAUUUAGUUAACUUAGAUAACUUUAAAUCGUAUAUUAUACCCUUUACUUAAAUGAGAAUUAAUUGUUAGUAUUAGCGGAAAACAACGAAAAACAAAUAAAAUGAAAUAA